AAAAUUUGUAUUGCAUGACCAGCAAAAGGACUCCAGUUUGUGCUACGUGGAGAGGGCAUGUCUCAUGCGGUAGAGGCAUCACAAAGGCCUCGAAAAAUCUGUCAUGCUAGAGCAUGCAUCACAGACAUCACGAGUCUUCCAAAAUAUGCAACACAAACCUGGCAAGCUUCCAGACCCAGACAUUUUUCCAUUUGAUAUGGGUGCUGGUGAGUAGAAACUCUCA